GUAAAAGUGACUGAGAGAAGAAACAAACUGCCGGAAGUGCAGAAAGAGAAGGGGGAAAACUUUUCAAGAACUACAAUGUAACUUACUCUAUCGGAAUAUUUGACGCAAACAUAUACUCUUCUAGAAGAAGAGAUAACGUCAACGUUAAACCUGAAAAAACGUUUAAUGUAGGGAAAAUUUUAAGAAACGUUUUGUUUUGGGUGAGCCUUGGGACGUAUUUUUUUUUCUUUUUGCUUAACUUUCCCAUAUGUACAAUGGGGCUGCCUACACUGGAAUUCAGUGAUUCCUUCUUGGAUAGUCCGGACUUUCGGGAACGUCUGAAAUGUCAUGAAAUUGAACUCGAAAGGACGAACAAAUUCAUUAAAGAGCUCAUUAAAGAUGGGAAUAUGCUAAUUUCUGCGCUGAAAAAUCUCUCUGUAGCUGUACAGAAGUUUUCUCAGUCACUUCAAGAUUUCCAGUUUGAAUGUAUAGGCGAUGCUGAAACAGAUGACGAGAUUAAUAUUGCUCAGUCUUUCAAAGAAUUUUCUCAGCUUUUAAAUACAGUAGAAGAAGAAAGAAGGAGACUGGUCCAGAAUGCAGACGAUGUUCUGAUCACUCCACUGGAGAAGUUCCGUAAGGAGCAAAUUGGGGCAGCAAAAGAAGGAAAAAAGAAAUUUGACAAAGAAAGUGAGAAAUACUAUUCAGUGUUGGAGAAGCACAUGAAUUUAUCAUCUAAAAAGAAAGAAUCUUUUUUACAAGAGGCUGAUUCCCAGAUUCAUAAAGAACGCCAGUUUUUUUACGAUGCCUCUCUUGAAUACGUCUUCAAAAUCCAAGAAGUUCAAGAAAAAAAGAAAUUUGAAUUUGUAGAACCACUGCUGGCCUUCCUCCAAGGCCUGUUUACAUUCUACCAUGAGGGCUACGAGCUGGCACAGGAGUUUGAGCCCUACAAGCAACAGCUGCAGUUCAAUUUACAGAAUACAAGGAACAAUUUUGAGAGCACCAGGCAGGAAGUGGAGAAAUUGAUGAAGAGGAUAAAAUCUGCUGACCAAGACUAUAACCCACCAGGCCAGUGGACAAUGGAGGGAUACCUUUGUGUUCAAGAAAAGCGACCCCUGGGAUUCACGUGGAUCAGACAUUACUGUACAUAUGAGAAAGGGAGCAAAACCUUCACGAUGAGCAACACCGAUAUCAAAUCGGGUGGGAAAAUGAAUGGCCUGGUCGCAAGUCCCCCUGAAAUGUUCAAAUUGAAGUCCUGCAUCAGGAGGAAGACAGAUUCCAUUGACAAGCGUUUCUGUUUUGACAUAGAAGUAGUAGAGAGAAAUACCCAAUAUCAUGGAAAUCUUUUCAGACCUCUUCAAAUUUUCUGUAAAUCCCGGCACGGCAUCAUUACCCUGCAGGCUCUGUCCGAAUCCAACCGGAGGCUCUGGCUGGAGGCCAUGGACGGAAAAGAGCCGAUAUACACUCUUCCAGCUAUUCUGAGCAAGAAAGAAGAGAUGUUCCUCAAUGAAGCAGGCUUUAAUUUUGUGAAAAAGUGUAUACACCUGGUGGAGAUAAGGGGAAUUAACACAAUGGGACUGUACAGAAUAGGAGGAGUGAACUCUAAGGUCCAGAAGCUGAUGAAUGCAGUGUUUGGAAACAAAGCUCCAUCAGACAUGGAUUUGGAUCCAGACAUGUGGGACAACAAAACAGUCACCAGUGGGCUGAAGAAUUACCUCAGAUGCCUUUCAGAGCCACUGAUGACUUACAAGUUUCACAAAGAUUUCAUCAUGGCUGUCAAGUCUGAUGAUCAGAAUUACCGGGUUCGUGCUGUCCAUGGCCUCGUUCACAAGCUGCCAGAGAGAAACAAGGAGAUGCUUGAGAUUCUAAUAAAGCACCUGGUCAGGGUGUCAACUCACAGCCAACAAAACCUGAUGACAAUAUCCAACCUUGGGGUGAUUUUUGGCCCAACCCUCAUGAGAUCGCAGGAGGAGACAGUAGCAGCCAUGAUGAACAUCAAGUUCCAGAACAUCGUAGUAGAAAUUCUAAUUGAGAAUUACGAGAAGAUAUUCCACGAGGCCCCAGACCCCAACGUGCCCCUUCCUCAGCCGCAGUCCCGGUCAAGCUCCCGCAGAAGUCGAGCCAUUUGUCUUUCCACUGGGUCCCGGAGACCGAAAGGCCUCUACACACCUACCCUGUGCCUGGCAGAUGCGGACAGCGACACGUUCAGCAGCAGUCCCGGCAGCACCCCCAUGGGCAGCAUCGAGUCUCUGUCCUCGCACUCCUCUGAGCAGAACAGCUCGUCGAAAACAAGCUCCUCUCAGCCCAAGGACAAGUCCGGCAGCAGUCUAUGCUGGACGCCUUCCCAGACGUCGUCCAAUGGGCCGAAGAGCUCGGCCUGCACGACCAGCCCCGACUCCAGCUCCAAGGAGGACACGGCCAAGACCGACGGGGAGUCUGACACACAGAGCCUAUCCUCCGUCACCACCACCACAGGGAACAGGUCUCCGCCUCUAGAGCUGCCGAAGAAAACCCCGUACGGAGUGGCAGAGCUGAAAUCGGCAGAGCUGAGCCGUUCUGCUGCCCCUUCACUGAGAUCUCUGCACCUUUCUGAAGGCCGAAGAAGCUACAGUGGAUCUGUGCAAAGCCUCACCUCCACAGAGCAUAAAGAUUCCCCCAAUAUUAUUCCAAAUCCAGAGCUCCCAGCCAAGCUGACAGUCAGACGCAGAUUGGAAACCUCAGCCAGUAACGGCUACCAGAGGCCAGGAUCCGUAGUGGCUGCCAAGGCUAUGCUGUUUGAAAAUGCUGUUGCCACACAGCCUGCUCCUGAAGGAAGGGAAGCAAAAGCCAUGUAUUCCUGUGAAGCAGAGCACAGCCAUGAGCUCAGUUUUCCCCAGGGGGCGGUCUUUUCAAACGUCUAUCCUUCAGUGGAACCUGGCUGGCUCCAAGCAACAUAUGAAGGCAAAACUGGUCUAAUUCCUGAAAAUUAUGUGGUCUUUCUCUGAUGAAAUUUGAGGGAAGAGCAGUCCGUGUUCAUGGUAUCCAUGGUAACAAUAUCAUGUACAGUGAUUUUUGUAAAGGCAGCUUUAAAUUUAUGUGGCUGAACCUGUCAAACAUGCAUUGAUGAUAUGCUGUUGCAACAAUAGAUUAUAUUAGUUUGGUAAUAUAUGCAUUCAGGUGGGCAUAAUACUUUCCAUAUUUGGAAACUAUCAUCAAUUUUCCUUCGGGAUCAAUAAAGUCUUAUCUAAUCUAAUCUAAUCUAAACUGGGUUGAGAAGUGUCAGUGCCAAGUUAACCCUAAAAUAACAUUAAAAUAUACCCUUUCUGGCAAAUAUAACAGCCUUUCAUGUUAGGUGAUAUUUUUGCAAAUGUGUUUUUUCCAUCGAUUAAAAUUGGAUACGUAAAUACCCUACAGCUGUUAUAAUGACUUCUCACUUAGCACUUCUGUGUUGGGCUGUUUCUGACUGUUACAUUUGAUCGUUACUUCUUCUCUGUCGUUUUCCAUUCUGUUCAGUGUUUAGCCAUGUGUACACCUGUUUUCAUUAACUUGUGGCCCCGGCCACUUUUAACUGAGAGAAAUGAAGUAGGCCUGCCUGAAGUGGUGAUUAAAAGCCUGUUGGAAACAAUUCGUGGCGACUUUAUAAAUUUGUCAGAAAGGGUGGUAGUGGAGCAAAGUAAUGCUUUAUUAGGCUUUGCGGUCCAAAUAGCUCAGGAGUAAAUCAAAUAUGCCACUAAAAAGGUCCAAUAACUCCUGAAUCAUUAACAGAUUGUGAAGCUUAUGACUUACCCACUCGGUCAGGGUGUUGGUGAAAGUGCACUUUGAAUUACUCUUGUGGUACACAGUUACAUUUUUUAGCCUCUUUGUCUCUCAACAUGCUGCACCAAAGCUGAGUGUAUGUGCCUUAGUAAGGAUACCUUAAGCAGAUUUAGUUUUGAAAUAAACAUUUCUAUUUCCAGUGCAUGGAAAAUAAUGUCAGUGCAUAGUCCCUCUUUACAACAUGUCCAUUAUUCAAUUUUUUAUGGUGCUUAAACAUAUGUAUAUUUCCUUCUAUUACCAUGUAUGUAUCAUUUUAAUCCCAAGAAUGGAAUUCAUCAAAUUUUAAAGAUUUGUGGAAGUAUCAAUCUUGUACCUAACUAAAUGAGUCUUCACUAUUUUUAGUUUGUGUGUGUUAAUUAUUCCUAGAAUAAGGUGAACAAGUACUGUGACAAACUUCCCAUCAAAUGA